AAAAUCAGAGACAGACAAAGCGAAACCCUCGCGAAGGAGAGGAGAGGAGAGCGCUGGUGAAAUUCGACGGGAACUUUGCAGCUGAAGAAGGGAGCGAUUGGAGAGUUUUUUCGUUUCUUUGGGAAAAUUCAUCAAAUAUGGCGGAAGAAAACAGCGCUAAGAUUCCAGCAAAUUACGAUUUGAAUGCGAAAUGGGAUGCCUGCCUCGAUUUGGGUGUUCGUCGCUUUGUGUACUCAUCAUUCGCUGGCGCUUUGACCGGCCUUCUGCUCUUCCGAACUCCCGUUACACGCUGGGCGUCCGUAGCUUUUGGUGCUGGAUUGGGGAUUGGCUCUGCAUACUCAGAUUGCUCUCACAAAUUUGGUGGAUCUCCAAGGAGUUUAACUUCAAACAUUUCUGAUGCCCCUCUCUCAGAGAUGCAGGCCUCCGCCCAGCCUGGGGAAGAAUGAAGAGAGAUUUACGGCCGACUCCCCAAUAACUGAAAUCCAUUUCCCAGGAUGUUGCUUUUUGUUCGAUCACUUGAGAAUAUACUGCAAAGACGUUUAAGACCUUUGGCUGAAUGGCUAUGGCGAUGAAUUGCCGUAAUUUUAUGAAU